CCCUCCCUGAUCCCGGCAUGCAUCGGGGGAUAGGCCUGGCCUUUCAGUUGUGCGGGAAGAUGGCGGCCACUGGCGCAGAGCCGCAGAUCCUGGUACAGUACCUGGUGUUACGAAAGGAUCUAUCACAGGCGCCGUUUUCCUGGCCAGCAGGCGCAUUGGUAGCACAGGCUUGUCACGCAGCCACCGCGGCCUUGCACAUUCACCGGGACCAUCCGCACACGGCCGCUUACCUCCGGGAGCUGGGGCGCAUGCGCAAGGUGGUCCUCGAGGCCCCAGAUGAGACCACCUUAAAGUUGCUGGCAGAGACGCUGCAACAGAAGAACAUUGACCACAAGCUGUGGGUGGAGCAGCCAGAGAACAUCCCCACUUGCAUUGCACUCCGUCCCUACCCCAAGGAAGAAGUGAACCAGUAUUUGAAGAAGUUCCGAUUGUUCAAAUGACUGAAGUUAUCAAUUGCUUUGAUAUGUUUGAAUAUCAGCUGGAUCCAGAAACUGCAUGCUGUCCAUCCCUAAGCACCGUGUACUCCUUUCAGUGGCAAUUCCCUUCCCUUUAAAUUAUGACAGUUUCUUGAGGGUCAAAACAUGUUCAUAUUAAAAUUGUCAUUAAUAAGUAUUUUUAAUUAUUUAUAAGUUCAGAUGGGGAAAGUAGGUGAGUAGCAUUAUCAUCUAUGGGUCAUUGCUCAAAUAGAAGAUUUGGUUAGACUCCUAUAUAGGGAUCAAGGAAAUACCCUUACUUUUUUGUUAGGAAUAAUAGAGUUCUUCCAGUUACCCAGGUUUAAAACUUUUCCUUUGAAUUCCCUUUUUUUUUUUUUUUUUUUUUUGCGGUACGCGGGCCUCUCACUGUUGCGGCCUCUCCCGUUGCGGAGCACAGGUUCCGGACGCGCAGGCUCAGCGGCCAUGGCUCAUGGGCCUAGCCGCUCCGCGCGGCAUGUGGGAUCUUCCCGGACCGGGGCAAGAACCCGUAUCCCCUGCAUCGGCAGGCGGACUCUCAACCACUGCGCCACCAGGGAAGCCCUAAAUUCCCUAUUUCUUACUCACAUUCAGGUAUUGUAAUCAUUGAAUCUUGGACACCAUCAACUUUAAGAUACACCAUUAUUUUACGUGUUGUUAAGAAAGAAGAAAUGCUGCCAAUUGAGAAAUGUAAUUUCAUUUCAAAGAUGUUAAGAUUUAUUUGAUUUAAUAAAAUAUGUCAGGUACUACAUCUAUUUUUUUAUAGUUUUCAGUGCCACCACCCUGAAUCAGGCUCUCAUUUUGCUCACGAGUGUCCCACUGCUCUGCUCACCUAGUGUAUCCUGGUUACAAGGCAGCAAGCGUUCUGCCACCAGGUUCAUAUAUUGAUAGGAUCACUGAGCACCCUUUUCAGUAUAGGCUCCAACUUGCCCAGGAAUAAAGUCAAGAUUCCUUAGCUUAGCCCUCAGGCCCUCCAUGUUUAUAUUUCCUACCUACCUUUUUAGGUGAAUCUUCUAUUCCCUUAUCCAAACUUGAUGUAUCAGUGAAGACUCCAGUUGCUGCCCUCUAGUCUCUGGCCUGGGAGUCGAAUGUUAGUACUCUCCCCCUCCCUUUCCUGCCUCUGGACUGAAACUUUGUGGCUCAAGUGCUAUCACUGUCACAAAGUCUUACGCAGCCAAAAAUGAUAGCUCCCUUCUCUGAACAUCUAUUAUAACACUGUUGAGUACUUAAAAUAUUUCUAUAAACAUUUGGAGACAUCUACUGAAAUUGUUUGGACAUCUGUGAAGCAAAGUUUAUAAAGGGUCAUUUGUUCAACAGAUAUCUGUUGCAUGUCUACUGUGGCAGGCUGUACUAAGAGCUGAGGAUACAAAGAUGAAUAAAAUUUUUGCCCUCAGGUAGUUAAGAAUCUAGUGAGAAGACAGAUAUAUAGAUAUUAAUACAGAGAGAAAUGUACAAGGUAAAAUGGGUACACUUCCCCCCACCCUCUAGAUACCAAGACUGCCAAGCUACUAGAUAGGAAGAUUUUACUUUAUAAGAGAUGGUCACUUGAAACUAGGAGAGUUGAUAGGGUCUCCCAGGGAGAACUGGUAGAGUGCUGAGGGCAGAACCAACCCCAGGAACCCAAGUGAAUAGAGUCUCAAGGGGGAGAGAGCAAUCAAGGGCAGCACAGAAUUUCACUAAAUAAGAAAUGAAAACACUUAGCAAUUGGGAAUAUGUUGAUUAACUUGGUGAAAGCAGUUUAAAUAGUAUAUGAGGUGGGAAUCAGAUUGGAACCUAUCGACAAGAAUGGGAGGGGUGGUAAGAGGUGGGGACCAUUUUAAGAAGCUUGAACGGGAGGAGAGAGGACAAUGGGGGCUGGAAAGGUGAAUGCUGGGUCCCAAAGGGGAAUUUUCUUAGAUGCUUGAGCAAGUUAAUAGGUGAGAAGGAGGAGAAGGAGAAGAGACAUUGAAGUUACUAAAUGGAAUAACUGAUAAAAGAAGUUCAGGAAAAAAUGAGAAGAGGUAGGGUCAAGGGCAUAGGAAGGACAGGCCUUGAACAGAGAGAGAGAGAGAGAAACCUUUUCUGAGACUAGAGGAAAAGGUAUGAAUAUACAUAAGUUUAUAGUGGAAGAAAUACCUGUUUCUUCUACGAAGCAGGAAGCACAUAGCCUUUCAUAACACUGAACAAACUUACUGAGCACUGUAUUACAUGGCAUAACACAGUGGUUAAAGUUCAGACUCUGGUAGCAAACAGCCUGAGUCCAAAUCCUGGCUCUCGUGUAUUUCAGCUGUGUGGCCUUGGGCAAGUCACUCAAGUUCCUUGAGCCCCAGGACCUUCAUCUGUAUAACAGGGAUUUACAGGAGUGCUAUGUGGAUUAGAUGUGUCAGUAUGUACAAAUCCCUUGGAACAAUGCUGCGGCACUUGGUGCUAGAACCUGAGCAUAAAAAUAUAAGACAUGGCCCUUAAGGAGCUUUCCUUAAGGGAAAGCCAUGAGUCAUGUAAGCCAGUCUAAUUCCUUUUCUGCUAGGGAGUGAUGCCAUCCACUCCCUGCUACUUCCAUUCAAGACAAUUAGGAAAACGUUUCCAAAUGACACUGUAUUUUUUUUUUAUGUAUUUUUUAAAAUUCAAAUUCUGCAGUAAGACAGUGAGAAAGCCAGAGAGAGAUGAGUGUCUACACAGCUGGGAAAUAACAGUUCUGGUAAAUCCCUAAAGCCGGGAGCACAAAUAGCAUAAAUUUCUACCCAAGUGAGGAAAGGACAGGCACUCAUGUGCUGAUCCCAGUGAGAACAAGACAGUAGCAGGGAAGUGGCAGAUUUUAUUAGAAUCAGCUAAGCUCAUUAUCGUCUGAACUAGAUCAG